AUGCUUGCUAGAGAACAACCGCCACCAAAGGCCAUCAAUAUCAUCCGGCCUUCGUCGCCUUUUUUGCACCACUUUAAACCACCACACCACCAUCUCGCCUCGCAUCAUGACUCGUCGCAAUCGUCAUCGACAGCAUCGUCGUCUUCUCCAUCGACCUUGUCAACGUUAUCGUCGUUUUCUUCAGUAGCAACUCCUCGUCCAACGGUGCUAGGUCCAGCCAAUUUCUUAUCACUUUACGCUCCUCAGCAUAAACAACCACCCGGCUUUGCACAACGCCUUUUGCAGCGUGCCAAAAGCCAUUCGAAUCUUUCUAAACUCACCGUUUGCACUACCAACAACUUGGAUGAUUCGGAAGAUGAUAAUGCAAGUGAUCAAGACGAUGACGACGAUAGUAUCGAUGGCAACGACGACGAUGAUGAUGCAGCACAUUCGGAAAACCAUCAUCACCAGUCAUCAUCAUCGGUAAUUCCUUCGGAUGAUGAUGAUGAUGAUCAUUAUUCUCCAGCCAAAGUCGUUGCACGUAUUAAGCAUGGCACCAUCAUGAAUGGCAAAGGCGAAUUUGUAUCCAAAGGAGACGAUGAACAUUCCGGAUGGCUUGAUGAAGCAAGAGCCAACCGCAAAAUUGCCGAUCUUGAGAUUGAAAAGUCAUCGCUUUUGGCGGUCAACACAACACUUGAAGCUACUCUCAAACGACAAGCAGCAAGAAUCGCUGAACUCGAGAAGCGUUUCGAAAUGAACGAUGCUCCUUUGACACCUGUAUCAGAUAAGCCUGAUGAUGAAGCAGCAUCUGAAGAAUUUGCCGAAAAACUUUCGGAUGAGGAGGUCGAGAAUGAUGAAGUUUUUCAACGAAUCCGCCAAACUAUGCAAGGUCUUAUUGAGCAAGCUGAAGCCGCUUUAAUAUUAAAGACCAAAGUCUCUGGACGUGUUCUUACGGAUUAUCAACCACCCAAGAAUAAUGUCAACAACAACAACAAUGAGAAUCAUGAUGAAGGAGGACGAGUGACCACGAUUCGCAAGUUGGCUGCUCGUCGAUCAUGGUCACCACCAUCCACCACUAUGCAACAACAACAACAACCCACACCUAUUAUGAAUCAAAGAAAUCAACGACCAUCAAGACGUGUUUCAGAUAGCCAUCAACCACCACCACCACAACAACGCGCUCGACCUGCUUCUUUUCAUGGACAGCCACAACCGCGAGUAGCCAUUCAACAUACAAAAGCAUCCAUGGCACGUACCCUUUCCCGCUCGUCUUCACCAGCUGUGAUGGUAUCAUCACCAUCACCUCCUACGUCGCCUCGAUCUUUUAGUCCAUCGGCAUCGCAACAGCGGCCAUCACGUCCUCCAAGUCGAGCGUCUUCUUUAAGACGAUCACAACAACAGGAGCAGCAGCAGCAGCAGCAGCAGCAGCAACAACAGCCAAGAUGGCGUUAA